AUGGGUAGCAACAGGACUAUUGUUUGGUUUAGAAGGGACCUUAGAAUUGAGGACAAUCCUGCAUUAGUUGCUGCUGCCAAGGAGGGUUCUGUACUCCCUGUUUAUAUAUGGUGCCCUAAAGAGGAGGGUCAAUUUUAUCCAGGAAGAGUGUCAAGGUGGUGGCUGAAGCAGUCUCUUGCUCACCUGGAUCGGUCACUGAAGUCUCUUGGAGCCAGACUUGUGCUCAUCAAAACCCACAGUACUUUCACAGCUCUUUUGGAGUGCAUAAAGGCCAUUCAAGCAACAAAAGUAGUGUUUAACCAUCUAUAUGAUCCAGUUUCACUUGUCCGUGAUCACAACAUCAAAGAAAAACUAGUGGAACAAGGCAUAUCUGUGCAAAGCUACAAUGGGGAUCUGUUGUAUGAGCCGUGGGAAGUAUAUACUGAGAGCGGACGUGCUUUUACUACCUUUGAUGCUUUUUGGAAGAAAUGCUUGCUCAAGCAAAUGGAUAUUGUUUCACUUGUUCCUCCGUGGCAGUUAACUCCAGCUGAAGGAAAAGUUGAGCAUUGUUCAGUGGAAGAACUAGGUCUUGAAAAUGAAUCAGAAAAACCAAGCAAUGCAUUACUAGGACGGGCAUGGUCACCAGGUUGGAGAAAUGCCGACAAGGCAUUAACAGAAUUUGUGGAGCAGCAUCUACUUCACUACUCCAAGAAAAGGCAGAAGGUUGGUGGAGACUCCACCUCACUCUUGUCUCCAUAUCUUCACUUUGGAGAAUUGAGUGUGAGGAAAGUUUUUCAAGUGACACGUAUGAAGCAAAUAUUAUGGACAAAUGAAGGCAACAGUGUUGGUGAAGAGAGUGUAAAUCUUUUCCUCGGGGCCAUUGGACUUAGAGAGUACUCACGUUAUCUUUGUUUCAACUUUCCCUUCACUCACGAGAGAGCACUACUGGGGCACUUAAAGUUUUUUCCUUGGGAUCCUGAUCCUGAUAACUUUAAGACUUGGAGACAAGGGAGGACGGGCUAUCCUUUGGUUGAUGCAGGAAUGAGAGAACUUUGGGCAACAGGAUGGAUACACAACAGAAUAAGAGUAAUAGUUUCCAGUUUUGCUGUUAAAAUGUUGCUUCUACCUUGGAAAUGGGGGAUGAAGUAUUUCUGGGACACACUUUUGGAUGCAGACCUUGAAAGUGAUAUCUUGGGUUGGCAGUAUAUCUCAGGAGGCUUACCAGAUGGCCAUGAGCUUGAGCGCUUGGACAAUCCUGAGAUUCUAGGGGCUAAGUUUGAUCCAGAAGGUGACUAUGUGAGGCAAUGGCUACCUGAGUUGGCAAGAAUGCCAACUGAGUGGAUCCAUCAUCCCUGGGAUGCACCGCUUACUGUGCUUAGAGCAUCAGGAGUUGAGUUGGGUCAAAAUUACCCAAAGCCAAUGAUUGAUGUAGAUAUGGCCAGAGAAAGACUCACUGAAGCUAUAUUUAAGAUGUGGGAAUCUGAGGCAGCAGCAAAAGCUGCUGGCUCUGAACCAAGGGAUGAAGUUGUUGUAGACAACACUAACAGUGUUGAAAACUUGGACACUCCAAAAGUUGUCUUCCUGGGAAAGGCUCCAUGUGCUACUGUUUCAGCUAAUGAUCAGAAGGUGCCAGCACUUCCGGAUUCCCAGAACGACAACCACCAUCCCACGCGUAAGAGGCCAAAAUGCAUGGUAGAGGAGGGGCAGAACCCGGAUAACUGUCAAAAUCAUAAUAAAGAUACUGGGAUGUCAAGCAUUGACCAAGACAUUUGCUCUACAGCUGAUUCCUCAUCAUGUAAGAGGCAGUGUGCCAGUACAAGCUCAUACUCAUUUUCGGUUCCACAGCAGUGUUCCUCUUCUUCUAAUCUAAAAUGGCCAUGGCAAGAACAGAUUGACAUGGAGCAGAGUUCAAGCAAAGAUGUAGCAGCUGCAGAACUCACGGAAAGAAAAUGGUGGCAUAUUUAA